AUGCAGCGUGCCUUUUCAGCGUUGCGACGUGCUAUCUUUGCCUCGGUUCGAGGCAGUGUCAAGGCGGCGUCGGUGGACUGGGCCACUGGCAAUUGCGUCAACCCCGUGCGCAACCAAGGCCAGUGCAGAUCGUGCUGGGCCUUCUCGGCCGUGGGUGCCGCGGAGACGGCGCACUGCAUCGUGACGAAGGACCUCCUCGACCUGUCCGAGCAGCAAGUGACGAGCUGCUCCACCGAGAGUGGCAGCGACGGGUGCAACGGCGGGUGGCCGUUCGCCGCCAUGACGUACGUGUCGACGACCGGACUCUGCUUGGAGCGCGACUACCCGUACACGUCUGGCAGCACGAGUGUAACCGGCUCAUGCAGCAGCGACUUGUGCACCAAGCAGCAGCUCAGCAUCGGCGAGACCGUCCGCGUGAAGGGUGAGGCGGCGCUGGACGCGGUACUCAACACGCAGCCCCCGUCGGUGCUGGUCGAAGCGGGCAACUACGUGUGGAUGAACUACGAAGGGGGUGUGAUCACGCACUGCCCCGGGUCGUACUCGGACCACGCCGUCGUCGCCGUGGGCUACGACGAGGGCUCGUACAAGCUCCGCAACUCGUGGGGCGCGGCCUGGGGCGAAGCCGGCCACAUCCGCGUCAAGCGCGGCGUGAGCGGCAAAGGCGCGUGCAACGUUGCCGAGGACGUCGUGUUCCCCAAGAUCGAAGGCAGCACGCCCACCACGUCGCCGUCCCCCACGACCAAGCCCACCCCGACGACUCCUCAACCGGACGUGUGCGCCGACUGCAUCGGGUGCUUCUACCCCGCCGGGAAUGAGUGUUUGCCCGCCAACUACACCAAGGACGACUGCGACUAUUUCAGUGCUAUCUUUAGCACGGUUUGGUGCGAUGAAAUUCCUGCUCCAACCAUCGAGCCCAUCCCGACGACUAUUCAACCAGACGUAUGCGCCGACUGCACCGGGUGCUUCAACCUUGACGCGAACAAGUGUUUGACUGCCGAGUUUACCAAGGAUGCCUGCGACUACCACAGUGAUAAGUUUGGCACGGUGUGGUGCGGUGACAGCCCUACUCCUACUCCCAAGCCCACCUUAAGUCUUGGCUGUGGCACGUGCGACGUGUGUUACGAUCCGGCCGCUGACCAAUGCUUCGAAAGCAUCAGCAAGAACGACUGCCAAGCCUCGGCCUUAACCAAGGGCUAUUUGUGGUGCGGCAAGUGAUUGGUAAAGCCUUGCCGCCUGCGUGCAUGAUCGUUUGUGUGUCGCCGCCGUAGGAGUUAACUCUCUCGAAUAUUGCCGUCAUGAUCAGCUGCUCGAGUCGGAUUCUCGGCUUCGAAAUGAAUCCG